UCCCCAAUUUCGUGCCCUAGAAACCAUCUGUCCUCUCUCCCUGUCGUCUCUUUUACUUCGCCGCAAAAAUGCGCUCUCGACACCCGACCUCCAUCGCCGCUCGGUCGUCUCCACCCUCCCGUCGAAUUCCUCACUCGCCGAUGCUUCUGUCGCCGUCCGCCUUGUAACCUGGCCGGCCCUUUCUUCUCGUUAGAUCGCCCGGGAUCUAUGGUGCUAGGGUUUCCAGGCCUCGUGGGAGGGCCGUGAUGGACGCGGUGGAGCUUCCUUAUCCAGUUGAUGUUGCGGCGGCUGCAGUCUCUAAGCUUAUGGGGUCGGACGGGUUUGUCAGUAGAGCUGGCGUUGGCGUCGCGGCGAAGAAGGUCGAACCUCGCGGCAGCGAUUCGGACCGCGUGGUCGGGAUUCCUCCGAUCAGGCCGUGCGGCAUGGCUGCUGACAAGAAAGAUGUGGCAACUCCUGUAAAUGCUUUGGACAUGCCUUCCCAGCAUAAAAGUACGGAAGCUGAAAAUUAUAGGCAUAAUCAUCUGCUGCCGGAUUUGCAUAAUAAAGACGUAACUCAGGAUCUUCCCAGGACUGAUGUGAGUUUUGUUCGUAGCCCUGGUUCUGAAGAUGUUCGAUUGCCAUGGAAAGCAGGGAAAGUUUCAAGGAACAAUAAUACAUGCUCCAAGAGAGCACGGAGUACUCAAGUUGAAGAUGCUUCAGCAAUUACUUUAGCUGAUGAAGUUAAGGGAUUGAAAGAUAAAUCUUUGACAAGAAGUGGCUCUUUAGAGAAAAAUCAUUUGGGGAAACAGAGGACUGUUGGCAGUAAACGGGGUGAUAGAAGAAACAGCAAAGCCCCUGUCAAGAAUAGAUAUGACUCUUUCGUGAUGAGGCCUUGUUCUUCAAGUUUCACUGUCUCUCCAGGAGGAAGCAAUUUUCUAGGGUUCUAUGGUCUGAAGUCAGAUAAUCGUGAUAUUACAAAGCUUGUGGAUGACCUGUCAUUGAUUGACAUCCUUGAGGGUACAUGCAAAUGCCCUAGUUUAGGCAAAGAGAAAGGGAAGAAAUCAGCUAAUGCGGAUGAUAAAUUAACUCAAUCAGUUAGAAAGGCAUUCUCUGUGCUUCAGCCCCUGAGGCGAGGCCAAUCCCAAAAUAUUGCUGAGAUAGACAUUUGCGAAGACAAGAAAAUGUCCUCUGUGUUAAGCUCCGUGUCCAUUGCAGAAAGUGGUGCUGAGGGUGAUUUCAGGGAAACGUACUCGGUUGACCCCUCUUCAUCCAAUGAGGGCCCCUGUGGUAAGCCAGAGACCUCUAUGGAUCCUCUUGAUUUGCCACUUUGUACUCCAAAAGACCUAUGGGGAAGAUUGUCACUUCCUCAAACUAAAGAUUUGGACUCCUUGCUCCUGGAUGCUGCAAAACCUGCUUUAUCUUCAAAGAGCAUGUCUGAUCUACGUUCAGGCAAGCAAAUAGUUCGCCGAGGUUGCUUGCCGCCUUUUGCAUGGUCACAUGCUUUUAAUGGACAUGCUCGGAAUAAUUCUGAUGCCGCUAGAUUGUCCAUUAGUAGGAGUACUUGCCAGGGUAGAUGGGUAAGGGUAGCAAGUCCUGUGAUUUUGGCUGCAAAUUCAGCUGAUUGUUAUACAGACUUGGACUCUAUCACCUAUAACGAGGGUUUGGUUCCCUCUGUAAAAAGAAAAGCAGGGAUUUUGGCAAGUAAAAUUGCUUCUCGAGAAUGUUCUGGGAUUCCGCCGUGGGACUGGGCAUCAUCUUCUUCUGCUACUUGCUCUUUUCCCUCCAACCCAACUCUGGCGCAAUCUAGACUUGAGACAGAAAAUGAGAUUCAUGAGAGCCGGUGCCCAAGUCUGUUAGCUGCUGCACGAACCUUGUGUGGUAUUGCAAGCAAGGAAUCUCGGGGGCCUCUGCUGAAGUGGUCAAGAAAGCCUUUGCAAAAGGCGCUCAAACCUCGGAAGUUGAAGUUGAGCAAAAAUUGUGAGGAAGCCCUUGUGACGCCAAAAUCAGAGACCAAAGAUGUCGCCAAUAGUUUGGACCGAAUACCGUUGUCGAAGAAGCCAAAGCUCUCCAACAUGGACAUCUGCUUUUCUAAACCUUCAAUGAGUUGGUCUACCCCCAGAUCGAGCAGAUCAUCACCAAGCAGGUCAGUCAGGGACGUUGUUGCUGAAGCUAGACAUUCCAUGACUAGCAUCUCAAAGCAAGCGAGCAUGUUGCCACCCGUGGCACGGGUUUUUGAUAAGGCUUAUGACAGCCAGCAGAAGCCCAAAACGUCCAUGCCGUUGUAUUGGAGCAGAGGCAGGGACGGUCUACACUGACUCACCCUCUCCUCCAAUAAGGUCCAAUUUGCACUGUAUUUACUGUUUUAAGAUUGGGGGUGGGGAAAGGAAUGGCCGGAUUUUGUACAUAUGUAUUGUCGAAAUUGUGAAACGGUCGAAAUAGAAGAUGCCCCCUCUAGGAUGUGGAAGCGGGUAAUGUUGUAACCUGUAACAAUUAUUAGGUUUCGCCAACAAGUUUAGCAUACUGAGAUGAAUUGUUUGCCGCCCCAUGUAAAGCAUUUCAAGUGGCAGUUGAAUUCUUACUCUUCUACCC